AUGGAUUUCGGAGAUGUUAACCCGUCUACGCGUCUCAAUCCGUCCGAAAAACCGUCGGCUUCUUGGUGUAACCGAAUAUUUGGCGGGCGUUUUCGUUUGGUGUCCGCGACAGGCCUAUUGAACGCUUUCGGAUUAUCUAGACGCGUUGAGCGGCCGAAAGACCGGAAGAACGUAAAACGUUCUGGUUGUUUGACUUCGGUGUUUCGGCGCAUACGAUUGUCAUGCAUUUUCUGCGGCACGGGAACUGUCCGAAGGCGUCGGUCAAAGGCAAAAAGGCGAAAACACAUAUCCGGCGACGAGCCGGACAAUCACGAGUCACUCGAAUCGACAUCGUGGGCGAACCUGCCGUUUAGUGAAUUGUUUGACCAGAUUAACACGAUGGAGGACAAUACUGCUGACAACAGCAUUUUACAAACCGACCCAGAUUUGGCUUGCAGUAGCAGUGCCGACUGGAUGUGUGUCGAUGAACGAGCCGUUACAGACCCUAAGGUACGUUCAAUAUAUUCUAACUAGAGUCCCAUUCCAAUGUGAAUUACAUUUAUUUUUCCUAUGUGUUCGAAGACAAUACUUUCCAAGUACUUUCAUGAUUCGUUUCGUGUAAUAGAUACGUCGAAAGGGACAUUUUAAUUUGGCAUUUAGUUGCACUUUCCGCCGUUUAACCAUUUUUUAAGCGAUUUUUAGAGUUUUCGAUCAUUGUUACUGUUUGUUUUAAUAGCAUAUUAUAUAUACAUUACACAAGUUUAAAUUUAGGUAAUUAAAUUUAGGUACUAAAGAAAUGAACUGUUCGCAAAUUGAAAUUAAAAGGUUUAAGACACACAUUCCUUUUCAUACAGAUAUACAAAUCUACUUAUAUUACAGAUUUUCAAUCUAUCUAUUUGUGAUUUCGAUAACGCCAAUAACUUAACUUUAUUAACGGCUUUGGUGCGUCAGUCAGCUAAAAAAAUUACCAUAUAAGUAAAACUUUUUUAUUCAAAUUGUCGUUAUUUUUCCAUUUUCCGAAUGAUUUUCAACUUUCAUGAAACAUUUUUACGGAUAUAAUUUUAUUAAACGACAUUUUUUGACUAUUUUAAAAGUAUUUUUCGAUAAUUUUUUACAAAUUUACGUAAAGUGUCACAGAAUACCGAGGUAAAUCAUACCACCAGUAACAAAAUCCUAGGAAUAUAUCCUAAAAAUGUCCACUGGAGGUACGAAUUUCUUAAAAUAAUCAUACCACUCACAAAAUCCUACAAUACUUAUGCUUUCGAAAUUCUGAAACUUAUGAUACAAUAUAAUCAUAGAAAAUCCAAACUACUCGUUCAAAUACACACAGCAGGGAAUGAAUGUACUAUAGGAAAAUCAUUAAGACACUUUCGACUCCGGUCGAAAUUAACCACGAAAAUUUCUACGGACUAACGCAGAAUAUUCAUACUCGUAUAAUACGAAAAAUGGGUGCAUUAUUAGUGGGAAUUAUUGUAUUUCUAGUCAAUUAUUGACAGGAGGUACGAUUUGCAAAUCAAAACAAAACGUAUGAGUUUGUAAAAAAAUCUAACAAAACUUUUUUAAAAUCUAAAUAAAUCUUUAUAUAAAAGUAUUUAAAGUAUCUAUUUUGAAUUAUGUUACCCUUGAAUAUUAUAAUUCUCCUACAAACGUAAUGCCGUGUAAUAAUUUUAAGAGUAUAAUAGAAUUUCUUAUUUUCUUUUUUCUUUCUUUGUGUUGGAAUUUUGAUAUAUUAAUACGCAGGAACGAUAAAACUUUUAAUGAGCAUACAAAAAAUUCCGGUGUGUUAUCAUGCAAAGGAUAUUCUAUCAGUAAUCGUGUUUGAUUGUAGACGAGCUAUAAUAUAUAUUACAUUAGAUUUUAAGUAUUUUUGUGAAAAAGCAUCCAAAAUUUUUGUUUUAUAGUUCACUGAAUGUUUCCCAACCAUAAGCGCUUUCCAGUCUGUCAGCUUAUUAGAAACAAGUCGACAGUUAUCACGUAUAACGUCCGAUGAGACGCUCGAUGAAGACGAUUCCGCGCUCAAAAUUAGCGAAGUACCGGACGACAUUGACAACUCUGACCGGAUAUGUACUCCAGUCAUAUAUAAUACAAUAGACGUAUGCACACCAAGAUGCGCGACCCUGGUUUACAAAAAAAAAUUUUAAACCAUGGCGACAAAGGGAGAAAAUUUUAGUUGUGUUGAAAUUUUGAUAUAUUAAUACGCAGGAACGAUAAAAGUUUUAAUAAGCAAACAAAAAAUUGUCGGUGUGUUAUCAUGCAAAGUACAUUCUAUCAGUAAUCGAGUUUAAUUGUAGACGAGCUAUAAUAUAUAUUACAUUAGAUUUUAAGUAUUUUUGUGAAAAAGCAUCCAAAAUUUUUGUUUUAUAGUUCACUGAAUGUUUCCCAACCAUAAGCGCUUUCCAGUCUGUCAGCUUAUUAGAAACAAGUCGACAGUUAUCACGUAUAACGUCCGAUGAGACGCUCGAUGAAGACGAUUCCGCGCUCAAAAUUAGCGAAGUACCGGACCAUAUUGACAACUACGACCGGAGAUGUACUCCAGUCAUAUAUAAUACAAUAGACGUAUGCACACCUAGAUGCGCGACCCUGGAGUUGUGGAAUCUUUUGAAUUAUGAUGACCAAAGGUCAAUUCAACCCGAAUUAAACUCAAUUUCCAUAGACGUAAGUAAUUCGAUUAAGCUCUUAUUGGGUCUUUACCGCAACAACGACUCAAUCUAAAAAUCGGCGUUUACAAAAAAAAAUUUUAAACCAUGGCGACAAAGGGAGAAAAUUUUAGUUGUGUUGGAAUUUUGAUAUAUUAAUACGCAGGAACGAUAAAACUUUUAAUGAGCAUACAAAAAAUUCCGGUGUGUUAUCAUGCAAAGGAUAUUCUAUCAGUAAUCGUGUUUGAUUGUAGACGAGCUAUAAUAUAUAUUACAUUAGAUUUUAAGUAUUUUUGUGAAAAAGCAUCCAAAAUUUUUGUUUUAUAGUUCACUGAAUGUUUCCCAACCAUAAGCGCUUUCCAGUCUGUCAGCUUAUUAGAAACAAGUCGACAGUUAUCACGUAUAACGUCCGAUGAGACGCUCGAUGAAGACGAUUCCGCGCUCAAAAUUAGCGAAGUACCGGACGACAUUGACAACUCUGACCGGAUAUGUACUCCAGUCAUAUAUAAUACAAUAGACGUAUGCACACCAAGAUGCGCGACCCUGGAGUUGUGGAAUCUUUUGAAUGAUGUUGUACAAAUGUCAAUUCAACCCGAAUUAGACUCAAUUUCCAUAGACGUAAGUAAUUCGAUUAAGCUCUUAUUGGGUCUUUACCGCAACAACGACUCAAUCUAAAAAUCGGCGUUUACAAAAAAAAAUUUUAAACCAUGGCGACAAAGGGAGAAAAUUUUAGUUGUGUUGGAAUUUUGAUAUAUUAAUACGCAGGAACGAUAAAACUUUUAAUGAGCAUACAAAAAAUUCCGGUGUGUUAUCAUGCAAAGGAUAUUCUAUCAGUAAUCGUGUUUGAUUGUAGACGAGCUAUAAUAUAUAUUACAUUAGAUUUUAAGUAUUUUUGUGAAAAAGCAUCCAAAAUUUUUGUUUUAUAGUUCACUGAAUGUUUCCCAACCAUAAGCGCUUUCCAGUCUGUCAGCUUAUUAGAAACAAGUCGACAGUUAUCACGUAUAACGUCCGAUGAGACGCUCGAUGAAGACGAUUCCGCGCUCAAAAUUAGCGAAGUACCGGACCAUAUUGACAACUACGACCGGAGAUGUACUCCAGUCAUAUGUAAUACAAUAGACGUAUGCACACCAAGAUGCGCGACCCUGGAGUUGUGGAAUCUUUUGAAUGAUGUUGUACAAAUGUCAAUUCAACCCGAAUUAGACUCAAUUUCCAUAGACGUAAGUAAUUCGAUUAAGCUCUUAUUGGGUCUUUACCGCAACAACGACUCAAUCUAAAAAUCGGCGUUUACAAAAAAAAAUUUUAAACCAUGGCGACAAAGGGAGAAAAUUUUAGUUGUGUUGGAAUUUUGAUAUAUUAAUACGCAGGAACGAUAAAACUUUUAAUGAGCAUACAAAAAAUUCCGGUGUGUUAUCAUGCAAAGGAUAUUCUAUCAGUAAUCGUGUUUGAUUGUAGACGAGCUAUAAUAUAUAUUACAUUAGAUUUUAAGUAUUUUUGUGAAAAAGCAUCCAAAAUUUUUGUUUUAUCCGGAUGAUAAAAUUAGCGAAGUACCGGAUGAUAUUGACAACUACGACCGGAGAUGUACUCCAGUCAUAUGUAAUACAAUGGACGUAUGCACACCAAGAUGCGCGACCCUGGAGUUGUGGAAUCUUUUGAAUGAUAUUGAACAAAUGUCAAUUCAUCCCGAAUUAGACUCAAUUUCCAUAGACGUAAGUAAUUCGAUUAAGCUCUUAUUGGGUCUUUACCGCAACAACGACACAAUCCAAAAAUCGGCGUUUAAAAAACAAAUUUUAAAUCAUGGUGACAUGGGGAGAAAAUUUUAGUUGUGUUGGAAUUUUGAUAUAUUAAUACGCAGGAACGAUAAAACUUUUAAUGAGCAUACAAAAAAUUCCGGUGUGUUAUCAUGCAAAGGAUAUUCUAUCAGUAAUCGUGUUUGAUUUGAUAUAAGUUGUGUUAAAAUUUUGAUAUAAUAAUACGCAGGAACGAUAAAAGUUUUAAUAAGCAAACAAGUGUUAAAAUUUUGAUAUAAUAAUACGCAGGAACGAUAAAAGUUUUAAUAAGCAAACAAAAAAUUGUCGGUGUGUUAUCAUGCAAAGUACAUUCUAUCAGUAAUCGUGUUUAAUUGUAGACGAGCUAUAAUAUAUAUUACAUUACAUUUUAAGUAUUUUUGUGAAAAAGCAUCCAAAAAUUUUUGUUUUAUAGUUCACUGAAUUUUUUCCAACCAUAAGCGCUUUCCAGUCUGUCAGCUUAUUAGAAACAAGUAGACAGUUAUCACGUAUAACGUCCGAUGAGACGCUCGAUGAAGACGAUUCCGCGCUCAAAAUUAGCAAAGUACCGGACGAUAUUGACAACUACGACCGGAGAUGUACUCCAGUCAUAUGUAAUACAAUAGACGUAUGCACACCAAGAUGCGCGACCCUGGAGUUGUGGAAUCUUUUGAAUGAUGUUGAACNUAUAUUAAAUUACAUAUUAAGUAUUUUUGUGAAAAAGCAUCCAAAGUUUUUGUUUUAUAGUUGACUGAAAGUUUCCCAACCAUAAGCGCGUUCCAGUCUGUCAGCUUGUUAGAAACAAGUCGACAGUUAUCACGUAUAACGUCCGAUGAGACGCUCGAUGAUGACAAUUCCGCGCUCAAAAUUAGCGAAGUACCGGACGACAUUGACAACUCCGACCGGAUAUGUACUCUAGUCAUAUAUAAUACAAUAAUACUGCUAAUGAUCAAUAAUGAAAACGAUGAUUUUACGUCUCUAUUGUAGGUAGAUGAAGAAUGUUUGGCCAUGUCAGCAAGUCGUAGUAUCUAUGAUGUUAUUUUUUCGUGGCUUUACACGUCAGGAGAAUGUUUUGACGACAAUACGUUUUGA